UGUUGUGUGUGUGUGCUUGUUGUGUGCGUGUGUCAUUUAAUUUUAUCUUUUUUUGACGUUACCAAGGGCAAAAGAAAGAAGUGGAAAAGAAAAAGAGAAAGAAGAUACGAAUGUAAUCAAUGAAAGAUUUCAAGUCAUUUACCUUAUUACCUUUAAAGCAUAAAGCGGGAGGUCAUGUUGCGAUGUUUAGAAUACGGAAUGGACCUCUUUGUAAAGCGAUAAAGACGCAUGAAGAUGUGGUUUACAAAGACUUGAUGCAACAUGGAGGCCUUGUGCCGUUUUUACCUCGUUACAUGGGUACCAUCUAUGUUUCUUAUGCAAACGGAUACCCCGAGAUUGCUCUGGAAAGUGAUCGUCAGCGUUUAACACAGUUUCAACAGUGCUGUACCGUCAACAAGCAACAAGAGCCAACACCCAUUCUAGAGGGAGAAAAGUUUAUGGUCAUGGAAGAUUUGACACUGUCACUAAAGAAGCCUUGUAUUCUUGACUUGAAAAUGGGCACAAGACAGCACGGAGUUUAUGUUUCAGAAGCCAAAAUGGCCAGCCAAAAAGCCAAAUGUGAACAAUCCACCAGCGGUAAACUGGGGGUGCGAGUGUGUGGCAUGCAGAGACUGAACAAGUAGUUGAUUAGGUGUACCAGUUGGAUAAAGAAUCGUAUGAAAUUCAAGAUAAAUAUACAGGCCGUGUGUUGACCCCAGAGUCAUUUCGAGAGACUGUGCAUCAUUUCCUAUUGAACGGGAUUGAUUUAUGGAUACCCAUCUUGAUCAAGAAGUUAAAGGCAUUGUAUGUCGAGAUUGAAAAGAUGGCUGGAUAUCGAUUUUACGGCUCGAGUUUAUUAAUUGUAUACGAUGCAUUGAAUAUGACUGAUAUCUCUAUGAAAUUGAUUGAUUUCACACAUUGCAUUACUCGUACUGAAAUGGAAGAAAAUCAAGACAAGAUGACUUAUCCGCCCGAGAUGGGAUCCACUUAUCCAGAUGAUGGAUUUUUACAAGGCCUGAAUACAAUCAUUCAUAUUUUACAAGAAUUUUAAUAACAAUAAAUAUAUAUGUAUAAUUAUAU